GAUCUCGCGCGUUCGCGCGCUCGGCCCGGCACACAGCAGAGCAGCAGCAGCAGCCGGGCGAGCCAUCAGUCCGCAAGCGAGCGUCACGACACCAACACACCCCGUUGCCGCUCGCGCGCGGGUGCUGCCGCCACCGUCUGUUCCAUACAACACACAUAGCCAUCUAGCCCUCUCUCUCUCAGUCUCUCCGUCUAUCAUACACAGGUACUAAUCCGGAGUCGUGCAUACACAUGCUGUUUUGCGGAUUUCGUGGCGCGCGUGCAGUGCGGGAGCUGAGGCACAGCUGUUUCUACUGGGUGGCGUGUGUGUGAGCGUGAAUUUUCCGGAUAAAAAAAGAAAAACGAUAAAAACAGAAAAUUCUUCUCCGUCGAAAAGUCACAGCAGUGCUACGAGUGCGUGAAUUCGAGCAACAAGUGCCGCUACAAAUCUUACCGCCGGAUGUAGCGCGCACUGGAGCGUUCGGAGAUAAAUGCAGUAUAGACUCUCUGGUGAGCUUCAGAUAAGCCGGUCUUCGCUGGACAAAGAAGAGGACAAGGAACCCUUCCGCCUCUCUCGAGUGAGAGACCGAGAGUAGGGAACGUAAUCCUCGAGGCGUUCGACGAAGAGCCGCGCGGGGAGCGAGAGAGACUCGCUUCUUCGUUUGUGAUAAGAAGAAGAGAUACUCGCGCAUACUCUGUAUACGUGACUCUGUGUGUGCUACAUAUAUAUGAAAUAGUAGUGUUACAUAUCGAACGUUGACCUCAAAGACACACACACACACACGCGCGCGCGCACUGGACUGAACUGUAAUACGCGUAUAUGCUUUGUGCCGUUGGAAAAAUCGGCACUGCUGCAGUAUGGUAUAACGAUUUUUAUUGCUCUCGAGCUUGUGACGCGAGCGACCUAAGGUGUGCAAUUCGGCAGAGUCCGCUGAUAAGAGAGCCGUAUAAUACGUCGCCCUCGUCGUCAACUGGGAAUAAAAAUACACACUGGCGAUAAGCCAGAGGCUCUCCCUCCCUCCCUUCCUCUCUAUCUCUCUCUCUCUCACUCUCGAAAAAGUCGGAAUCUUUCUCGGAGAGAAAAUCGGUUAUAUUUGGAUAAGUAUAGACGUCUCGGAGAAGAAUAUUACCAUCGAUUUUUAUCGUCGAAAAAUCCAGCAGCAGCAGCAGCAGCAGCAGUAGCUCUCUCCCGUAAUGUCAAAGUGUUGAAUGGCUGUUUGCCGUAGCCUCGAAGCCCAGAUAAAGUGGCUUUAUCUGUCUCCGGGCUCACGAUCGGCCGCGCGAGAUUAGCCCGCGAGUGAGAGAGAAAGAGAGAGAGAGAGAGAGCGGGGCACAGCGAGGCUAAUUUUAAUGUGACAAACAACCAGCAGCCUGCUGGACUAUAUAACAUAAACUCUUCUACGUAACUGUGCGCGAGUGUCUGUGUGUGUGUGUACGUGUAACCGUGUGUUGUGUCUCGUGUAUUAUCAUUACAUUACACGUUACACCAGUGUAGUAGCAGGAGAACGUAACCGCUGUGCGAUCGGUGCGGCAUUGAACUUUCGUAGACGCUAAAAAAACUUAAGGGUAAAUAAAUGAAGCCAUCACACAUGGAGCAAGACGAUGCAUCACCGGAUGGUGAGGUGGAAAGUUAGUCGGCUAGAAGAGCCAUAGAGAAGCUUCGUGUCUCUCCCACGAGUCAUGUGGCAGCCAGACAUUCAGGAGCAGUACUUGCAAGGAAUGGCGCAGCACCAGGCGAUAUACAGGAUGCGUCAAAUACAGCAGAUUCAGUAUCAGCAACAGCAGCAGGAACAACAACAUCAUCAUCAUCAUCAUCAUCAUCAUCAUCAGCAGCAGCAGCAGCAAGUUUGCGGAGACAACAGGAUGCAGUUUUCGCAGCAGCAGCAUCCGAUUGUCCCGCCUCCGCAGGUGCAACAAUCACAGCCCCAACAGCAACAGCAGUGCAGUGGGAUGAACAGUGUCGUCAUGAUGGACGUUGCCGCGCACUCGAGCAACCCACGAGCUUCGCGCAACAUGGCGGAGAAGCAGCGCCGAGACAACCUCAAUACCCAAAUCGCGACGAUGGCGUCGCUGGUACCGACGGUCUCCAACGGCGGCUCGCGAAAGAAAGACAAGAUCUCGGUGCUCAGGCUGACCGCCGCCCACCUCAGGGUCGCCUACACUUUGGGCGUCCCGAGCAACGAGUUUCUUCCGAGGCAGUUCAACGACAUCGACCUCGAGAACUGCCUGAUAGACAACCUGGCAGGGAGCACGAGUUUUCUCCUGGUGGUCACAACCACCGGCAAGAUAAUUUACAUCAGCCGGCACGUGGAGCAGCAUCUCGGCCACGAACAGAUCGACCUCAUCGGCGACUCCCUUUACAAUUACACGUACGAGAAGGACCACGAAGAACUGACUCGUGGCCUGACACCGGACCAAAGCUGCAUGAUCGGAACGAGCAUACUCGGGGCGUCGGACUCGUUAGAGGACAGCUCCAACUCUUCGGAUGAUAGCGCUGUGAGGCCGGAGUACAGCAACUUCAAGACUCAGAGACGGAGUUUCAACAUACGUAUGACACAGCGAACGAAUUCGCGACGGGAAACUCCGCAGUACGAGUACGUGCUGGUCUCGGGUGUCCUGAGACUGGCGAACGAGUGCAGGGCCAAGGAACGACCGAAAUUGGCUGAAAACAGUUCCACGAGUAACGACAUAAUCUUCGUCGGCACCGCCCGGCUGCUGAAGAAACGUUCGAUCACAGAGCUAUCCGUAUUGGAGGCGAAUAAAAACGAGUACUUCACUCGUCACCUUCCUGAUGGCAGAAUCAUCUUCUGCGAUCAUCGUAUAUCGAUUAUCGCAGGAUACAUGUCCGACGAGGUGUCCGGAACAAGUGCAUUUAAAUUCAUGCACAAGGAAGACGUCAGGUGGACCAUCGUGGCGCUUAGAGAGAUGUACGAUGGUGGAAAGAAUUACGGCUCAUCGUGUUACCGUCUCAUGACUAAAACCGGCGAUUACAUUUAUCUGAGAACGCACGGAUAUCUCGAGUACGACGAGUCUGCGAACUGUAUUACAUCGUUUGUUUGCAUCAAUACCUUAACAACAGAAGAAGAAGGCGAGAUAUUGAUAGCUGAGAUGAAGAAGAGAUUCUCUGCGAUCACUAGUAAAGCGGCUAAAGUCAUCCGAGAUGAUGGAUUCGAAUCGGAAUCCGAGUGCUCGAGUACGAGCCAUCUUGUGGAAAACAUAGAUGAUUCAUCCCAGUUGGAAGACGCAGUUGCUCACUUGCUUGGUGACUUGCCGCAGCCGGUCAUCGAAGAUCGAGACUCGCCGGCGCCAUUGCCAAACAGUCAGUUGGUCAAGGCAGCCAUCUACUCGCAGGGUUUGCCCCCAGCCUUGAUCCAAGCUAACAAAAUAGGCAUCAAAGACAUAACCAAUGCCUACGCUUCGUUCGGCAAAGGAGGCAAGGGUGACAAGAACGGAAAAGGCAACCGACCUUCCGGCGGAAAAAAAUAUAUAGACAACGGGCAGAAUAAUCAUGCUCAGACUAGUUGCAAAAGCGUCAAGAUGUACGGAGAAAAGAAAAUGCCAGAACUGGAAGAUCCUUCAAGUCCUGUAGCUAUUCUGAAUAAUCGAGCUUUGGUUCCAAUCGCGGAGAAAGGUACCGCUUGGAAUUCUCACGCUUACCUUUUCCCGCCUGCGAGCGACGUGGACGAGUUGGAUCCUGAUUUUCGAGUUGUGGCCACUCUUGAGCUACCUCCCAUCCCUAAAUCGGAACGGAAUCCACCACCAAACUUUCCUUCGACGUUUGAGAUGAAAGAGCUUUACACUGAAGGACCCUCCAUAAACGCCAAUGACGAUCUACAGCCACCGCUGCCACAGCAAAAGCCGCGACAGCAAACGGGCUUAAAAAGACCAUAUGAACAUCUCAACAACACAAAUAACAUUAGUCCGAAAAAAAGAAGUGCAAACAAUGUCGAAAAUAUUGUCAAUAUCUCCGAUAGCAUACCAUGCGUGAAUGGAGAAUAUUCAGCAGCAUAUGCUCCAGUGCAGCCAAUGACAUUGACGACAGAAAUACAAGAGGUCCAGUCGGACUUCAAACAACUUGAGGCUAAUGAAAUAUCCAUAGCCUUGACAGAAAAUCAAUUUAUCGAUUUUCAAGAUAUGGCGGAUGAUCAAUUGUUAAACUCAGCAAUUGAAAACAACCCUGCUAUCAUUAAGUUGUUUUCCAACAUACCACCUACGAUAAAUCUCGAAGAAACAGAAGUAGAAGAUCAAAAUGCUCACCAGUAUCCUACUAGUGAUCAAGGCGUCGUUGUUGAGAAUGAAGUAAGGCGUGCACAUUUACAAUUAGCAGACAGCAUGUCUUCUUGUGAAUCACAGUUCAGCGACGGAGAAGACUCGGCUAUCGCAACUAAAUGCGAUAGUUUCAUAGAAGGACAUAGCGAUCACAAGAUUCAGAAGCAACAACUCGCCGGAUCGCAACUUAACGUCCAACAUGACAUUGGCGUCUAAUGAAUAAACAAUAACAACGCCAAUGUUCACUUGAGGCCAACGUGAGGACGCAAAUAGGAAGAUCGCAAAAGCCAGAGCAUAACAAUCGACUUUGCUUCCUAUGAUUGUAAGGCGAAAGUCUGUUCAAGAAUCGUAAAGAGAUAAAGGUGCAAUCUCCGGAAUUUUGCCAUAUAAGAUGUGUCGUGUCUAGUCGACUGACUGUAAUUGUACAAAAAGAUGGAACAAGACGCAAGAUAGGAUAUCAUAGAGCUGGAAAUUUCUCGAGAAAGAAGUUCGUAUUUUUUUUAUCGAAAGACUAGACGACCGAAACAGGGCAUAUUCUAAAAAUUAAUUAAAGUGAACAGGGCAAUGACGAAAUACAAAUGUUUGUAUUAACUUGAUGUAACAUUCAAAAUGGUCAAAACUUGCCUAAACGCUGCUGGUUAGCUAGAUUCAUAUUUUUAAAUUAACUGCCCAAGAAACAGUGCAUACUAAAUGCAAAUUAUAAAAUUUGAGUAGUUUGAAUAUCUAAAGCUUCAAUACGAGCUCAGUGCAAUUGAUUCGUAUUCUGAUCGAAAUUUUAUCUUCUUUUUUUAUAUUCAAUUUUGCUUUCUUUAUUAUAACCAACAUUUAAUCAAUACUUCUGAACAUGCAUAAUAUGUUCAGUACUUAUCAGUACUUAGUGUUUAAGUACAUUUUUAUCCAUACCCUGGAGUAUGUGUUUUAUUCCCCGUUUCCACGGAGUAAAAACGGCACAUCGUCUCACGCUUAGAAACUCUUACGUUUCUAUGCUUUUACUUUCGCUGAGCGGCGCCUGCGUGUUGUUGUCCUCGAUCCGCUUGGACUGCAAAUUACGUGGGCAUCGUUAUAAGACGGGAAUAGACGUAGAAACGAGCAUACGUGCUGCAGUUUUUAGAGACAAAGUUUUUGUGGCGUUAUCCAUAUAAUUUAGAAGUAAAUACAACCGACUUUUUGUCGGGCACGAGUAAAAAAUGUGUGUUACACUCGGGAAUGAUAAGGGCUCUUGAAAUAGUUCGCGCAGCAACUCACUUCUGUAUAAGGUUAUCGGUUCCAUGCGGUAACCCUCACUAAUCUAUUUUAUGGUUCUAAACUUAAUAAUUGAUUCAAAAAAUGAUGGAACUUUAUUUUUGAUGUGAUACUUGGUUCAUCAAACUGUGAUUCCGCUCGUGAACUAGACUGUAUUUUUCGGAUAGAAAGAAAUAAGGAAAAGACAAACCAAAGAAAAAGGGCACCUCCGAUUGAAUGGAUACAUCGGCCAGAAUAUGAAAAUGACCCAAACACGAUCCCUCAGUUCUAAGUCCACAAACGGAAUCCAGUAACUCACUUGCGCGCGUCAAUAACCCUUGUUCCCUCGGUGCCAUUAUAUACUACUUUUCAUUGGUCUUGUCUUUCUUAUCUCUUGAAAAAAAAAAAUGAUGACCGGAUAUUGUUAAAAACAAAAAGUAGAUUUUUAAUACUUCUGAAUGUUAUGAAGAACAUUAAGUUACACUUUUUGACAAUAGAAUAUCCUAAUAAUUCUAAAUACCAUUGCUGCUAGUGCUAGUCUAAUAUGCCUAAAUCAUUGAUUUAAUAUGAAUGACAGUUGCAUGAGCUAUUCGUUUUUUUUUUUUUAGAUAUAACGCAAAUUUAUAAUUGUACGGCCAAGAAAGGUGCAGAUAAGUUACAAAAGUUUUGAUCACUUCCGAAGUCUUAACAUUGCAAGAUACGUUGCACGUUGCCUUCUAUAGAAAGUAUUGAGUUAUUUUUAGAAUAUGCCCUAAAUGUAAAAACUCGACAAAUGCUAAAAAAUUGUAAAUAGUCAAUUUAGUUAUAAGAAAAUGAAACUACCAAACCGUGUUCGAACGUUUAAGUGCGAGCACGCGUCUGGGGAAACCGAGUGCAAAAUGUGACGAGAUGCAAAGUAAUGUUGUACAAUAUGUUAGAUUUAUGAGUACUAUGCGUUUAAAAUGUUAAUGCUAAUUCAUGAACGAUAUAAUGGAAAUCGUUGCCAUCGUUAUUUAAUUGGCUCACCGUAAGACUGCAAUGUAAAAAUUAUGCAAGAUUGCGAGGCUCUCCAAACUCAACAGUUUUUUCAUGAAAAUAGUGCACGGAUGUCGACAUACUUACUUGUGUACCUUUUCUUUGGAUUGUCUUGCGAUGUUAUAUUUACUCCAAUGAUUAUGUUAUUAUAUGAAAUAUAGUUGAAUAUGCUUCAGCAUUGCAUAAUCGAUUUCUAUAUAAAUUGUUUUUAGCGCGCUAAAGUUUACGCCUAUUAAGAUAUAAAAAAUUUUUUACGUGCUUCAACAAUAUUAAAAUGCGUCUGUUAUUAUUAAUAUUAUUAUAACUAUCAUCAUUAUUAAUAUUAUGAUAAUUAUUGUAAUUAUUAUUAUUAUUAUUAUUAUUAUUAUUAUUAUUAUUAUUAUUAUUUCUAUUACUAUUAUUACUAUCACCGACAUCGUCAUUAUAAUUAUCAUUACAAUUUUAUUACUAUACUGCACUACGAGGGUAGCAGCUGAUGAAACGAUCGAUAUUUGAAGAAAAAAAAUCUUUUUAUUGUACAUAACUGUUUUUGAUGUGAAUGACCGGUUCCAGAGUUCAUGGCGACUGAAAUUAACUUAACGACGCAAGUGUAAUUAGGGAAGUUAAAACUAUGAUGUUUCCGUCUCAUGUUGUAGUGUAAUUCAUCGUCGAUCGUCUCAUUACUGUGAAUUGUUUGCGAGGACGAUCUUUGUAUAAAGACAAACUCAACUUACUCGUAAUCUCAGUGUUCUCUCGCCACUUUUUAAAUGAGCCAUGCGGAAUCGAUAUUCCAAUACCACGUAUCGAUGGUUUGCGCAAUCGGGCAAUAAUUGUACGAAAAUGAUGACAGCCAUUUUCGUAAUUGUAAUACUUGUAAUUUUAACAGAGAUCGAAACGGACAAAACUUUAAUAGUUGAUGGCACUCGUGAAUAUUGUGAAUUAUGAGUAGAUGAACGAUAAUUCAGAUACUCGCAGAGAUUUAUAAAAAUGUUUAAUGGUUAGGCAUGCAGUUCGAAUCUUUUAAAAGUUUUCUCGUUAGGUUGUCUGGAUAAAUUGUCUUUUUUUAUUACGCAAUACUGGAGAAUUCGUUAAUUCAAGCAUCGAUAAUUAAUGUUUUUCAAUAAGUUUCUGCAAUACUUUUUUCGCGUGACAGAGACAUUCAUUGCUGUAUGAUGUACUUAAUAAUUACUUUUUAAAAAGUUAGACAACCAAUUUUUCGAGAAAACUCAGACUGUUCAAAGAUCAGAUUCUCAGUGAUUCGUUAACGACAUAGUUCUGCUUAGUAAUUCUCAACGAAGUAACAGCGAUUAAAAGAAAAAAAAGGAAACGACAAAUUCUUCCAAUUUGUCUGCGCAUGACGUGCUACGAUUUUUUUGAAAUUGCGGUUCUUCGUAUGUAAUAUGAAGGCGAAAAAUUCUAUAUGCCACUAAAUCACGAAUUUAAAGUUCUAGUCGAAGAUUGUGGAAUCGAAGAAACGAUUAAUCAAUGUCACACUCUGUGUAAAAAAUUGCAUUCAGGUUUCAUUUUUUAUCCGCAGAAUAUAAAUAUUUCGAUGAAACAUUUUUAAGAAAAUAAGACUUGUCAUCUUUUUUUUUUAAGACUCAAUUCGUUUUUUUACAUUUACCUGAUUCUUCGAUACGGAAUGCAGCAAUUACGUCAGUCUGACGAAAAUCGGUUUUCGAUAAACUUGUACAUACGUAGUACGUCGUCAAUUGCGCAGCCAACCCAAAUGCUCCUCAUCGCUUAAAAUUGUAUAUGAUGAAGUACCUGUGAAAUUAACGAAACUCCUAAAUAUAUAAACUUUUAAAGAUA